AUGGAGGACAAGCCUUUGAAAGCCUUGGACAAGUCUUCGGGCCACCGUGCCUCAGGCAAGUCGAGCCAGCAGGACAUCCGGAAUCUAUGGACCACGGCCACGCUGUCGCAGCCGAAGCUGAACGUGGCGCUGUCCGAUGUCUGCGAGGACUCGGAGGGCAGCAGCGUGAGCAGCAGGACCCGCCGGUGGCGCAAGCAGACGGCCGGCCACGACUGGGACGCCAGCUGGGAAGCGUUGGAGGACAGAAAGGACAAGGACAGCUUCAAGCAAGAGGAGCUGGAUGAGCACUCCUUGCUGGAGCUGGAGAUGCGCCUCGACAGCUCCGUGGGAAGCCAUGUAGAGGACGACGACGAGUCCAGGACCGGUCAGUGUGAAAAGCCUUCCUCAGUGUCAUCGUUCAAUAUUGUGAAGCACGCACACCAUCGAGCCUACUGGAUGGAGCAGCACAACAGGCUGCCACUGCCCCUAAUAGAAGUCAUGGAGAAUGAAGCUCUGGAAAUCCUCACCAAAGCCUUCCGGAGCUACCGGUCGGGGAUUGGCCGGGACCACUUCCUGACCAAGCAGCUGCAGCGACACAUCGAGGGGCUCAAGAGGCGCCAGAACAAGAGGCUGCACGUCUCGGCGCACUGAGAGCACCGCCUCGGGCUCGAGUGACGGCCCGACUCCGGCCCCGGUCCCUGUCCCGUCCCCAGACCCAAGCUCGACCCUGUCCACGUGGAAUUUGGGCCCUAGAGAAAUAAAAGAGUCUGUGCAUGGUCAGCGAGUCAGUGCGUGGCUGCCCGCGUGAGGCGGACGCACGCGGCCCCGCCUUUCCCCGUGACCUUCACUCAGUCACCGCAGUGACCUUGAGCGUUCUCCGUCCGGGCCGUUUCGGCUCCGCCUUCCCGGGACUCGAAAUCCAGGACUUCUUGCACGUUUUAGGUCUGCUUCUCCCACCCCGGAUUCAGCAGCUUUGUGGGGAGGGAUACUGGGU